GAGCCGUGGCGAUGCAGCUUAUACGCGGCUGAGGGAUGGAAAUGACUUCACAUCGGGUGAGGCUCACUGGUGGGGCUGGAGAAAACCAAGGAACGAGGCGAUGACCCAGGGAUGCUGGGCACUGGGCGGGCAGACCAGGGGGAGCGACUUGGCAGCGAUGCUUGGCCGCUGCUCUUGUUUGGAGAGGAAGUGACGCAGCUGAGUGCUCCCAUCCGACAGCCCUGGACGGGUGAGGGAAGUCGAGGGAACUCAGGGCAGGAAGGAAGCGGGGGAGAGGGAGGUGUGGAAACUUGGCUGAGGGCGGUCUCCUGCAGCAGCAGCCUGUCACAGAGAGCCCCUCUCUUCACCAGCUUUGUCCCUUCAGGGCGCACAUCCCAGAGGAGGGUGAAGCAGGUUAAAGGUGUGUUUACCUUCAGCCAGUUUCUUUUGUUUUGACAAGUGAGUCAUAUGACCAGGCUGGAAAACCUCUUCUCCUGUUGGUGUGAUCCUUUCUGAGAGUGGUUUUUGAAGAGGUUGUACUCGACCUGCCGGCAUUACUCUACUGGGCAGCACAGCCUGCAGACCAGGACUUGUAGAAGGAAAACCGUCUAGCGACCCUCUGGAGCGCCACGCUGGGCAUGGACGCCUUCUGCACCUUGAGGAGCACAGGUGGUAGUGUCGUCACCCCGUCACGAAGCUGCUGAGGCCAUCGCAGGGGCGUGGGUGCCAGGACAGGAGGGCAGCGCCCCAGGGCCACAGAGCCAUGCCUUUCGGCCUGAAGCUGCGCCGGACUCGGCGCUACAAUGUCCUGAGCAAGAACUGCUUUGUCACCCGCAUCCGCCUGCUGGACAGCAAUGUCAUCGAGUGCACGCUGUCGGUGGAGAGCACAGGGCAGGAGUGUCUGGAGGCGGUGGCCCAGAGGCUGGAGUUGCGGGAGACGCACUACUUUGGCCUUUGGUUUCUCAGCAAGAGCCAGCAAGCACGAUGGGUGGAGCUGGAGAAGCCUCUGAAGAAGCAUCUGGACAAAUUUGCUAAUGAGCCUCUGCUUUUCUUUGGAGUCAUGUUCUAUGUGCCAAAUGUGUCAUGGCUUCAGCAAGAGGCCACGAGAUAUCAGUAUUACCUGCAAGUCAAAAAAGACGUGCUCGAAGGGCGGUUGCGGUGUACGCUGGAGCAGGUGAUCCGGCUGGCGGGCUUAGCUGUGCAAGCUGAUUUUGGAGACUAUAAUCAGUUUGAUUCUCAGGAUUUCCUCCGAGAAUAUGUGCUAUUUCCUAUGGAUUUGGCCCUGGAAGAAGCUGUCCUGGAGGAGCUGACACAGAAGGUGGCCCAGGAGCAUAAAGCCCACAGUGGAAUCCUGCCAGCAGAAGCUGAGCUUAUGUACAUCAACGAAGUGGAACGUUUGGAUGGAUUUGGACAGGAAGUCUUCCCUGUGAAGGACAAUCACGGAAACAGUGUGCACCUGGGCAUUUUCUUUAUGGGGAUUUUCGUGAGAAACAGAAUUGGAAGACAAGCCGUGAUAUACAGGUGGAAUGACAUGGGGAACGUCACCCACAGCAAGUCGACCAUUCUGGUGGAGCUCAUCAGCAAAGACGAGACUGCCCUCUUUCACACAGAUGAUAUCGAAAAUGCCAAGUACAUAUCACGAUUGUUUGCUACGCGGCACAAGUUUUACAAACAAAACAAAAUCUGCACUGAACAAUCAAAUUCUCCACCCCCUAUCAGACGCCAGCCCACCUGGAGCCGGUCCUCCCUGCCCCGGCAGCAGCCGUACAUCUUGCCUCCCGUGCACGUCCAGUGUGGCGAACACUACUCGGAAACGCACACCUCGCAAGACAGCAUCUUCCAUGGGAAUGAAGAAGCCUUGUAUUGCAACUCGCACAACAGCCUGGACUUAAAUUAUCUGAAUGGCACUGUCACCAAUGGCAGUGUGUGUAGCGUCCAUAGCGUCAACUCCCUCAGCUGCUCCCAGAGCUUCAUCCAGGCUUCUCCUGUAUCCUCCAGCCUCAGCAUCCCUGGGAGUGACAUCAUGCGGGCUGACUACAUCCCGAGCCACCGGCACAGCGCCAUCAUCGUGCCGUCCUACCGGCCGACCCCCGAUUAUGAGACAGUCAUGCGGCAGAUGAAGAGGGGCAUGGUGCACACGGACAGCCAGAGCCAGUCCCUGCGAAACCUCAACAUCAUCAACACCCAUGCCUACAACCAGCCGGAGGAUCUGGUGUACAGCCAGCCCGAGAUGCGGGAGAGGCACCCCUACACUGUCCCUUACGGGCCCCCAGGGGGCUAUGGUAACAAACUGGUCAGUCCCUCGGACCAGAUCAGCCCAAAGAGCACCACGGUGCCAAGCAAGCCGGGGGCAAGUGCCAUCUCGCACACGGUGAGCACCCCCGAGUUGGCCAACAUGCAGCUGCAGGGCCCCCAGAACUACAACACAGCCCAUAUGCUCAAAAACUAUCUCUUCCGGCCGCCACCCCCCUAUCCACGGCCCCGCCCUGCCACCAGCACCCCAGACCUCGCCAGCCACCGCCAUAAGUACGUCAGUGGCAGCAGCCCCGACCUGGUGACUCGCAAAGUGCAGCUGUCGGUGAAGACCUUCCAGGAAGACAGCUCCCCGGUGGUGCACCAGUCUCUCCAGGAGGUGAGCGAGCCCCUCACGGCCUCCAAGCACCACGGCACGGUGCACAAGCGCCACAGCCUGGAGGUGAUGAGCAGCAUGGUGCGGGGCAUGGAGGCCAUGACCUUGAAGUCGCUCAACAUCCCCAUGGCCCGGCGCAACACGCUCCGCGAGCCAGGGCCGCCCGCGGAGGUGCCCGCGAGCCACGAGGUCCCCCAGCUGCCCCCGUAUCACCACAAGAAGACUUUCUCAGAUGCCACGAUGCUGAUCCACAGCAGUGAGAGCGAGGAGGAGGAGGAGGAGGCUCCGGAAUCGGUGCCCCAGAUCCCCGGGCUCCGGGAGAAGAUGGAGUACAGCGCCCAGCUCCAGGCCGCCUUAGCCCGGAUUCCAAACAAGCCCCCACCCGAGUACCCCGGGCCCAGGAAAAGCGUGAGCAACGGGGCGCUGCGGCAAGACCAGGGGUGCCUUCCUCCUGCCAUCGCCAGAGCCAGGGUCCUGAGGCACGGGCCAGCCAAGGCCAUCAGUGUCUCCCGGGCGGACCAGCUGGCCGUCAACGGGGCCUCACUCGGUCCAUCCCUCUCAGAGCCUGACCUGACGAGUGUGAAGGAGCGGGCCAAGAAGGAGCCCGUGAAGGAGAGACCCGUGUCGGAAAUGUUCUCCCUGGAGGACAGCAUCAUAGAGAGAGAGAUGAUGAUUCGGAAUCUAGAGAAGCAGAAGAUGGCAGGCCUGGAGGCGCAGAAGAGGCCACUGAUGUUGGCAGCGUUGAACGGACUCUCAGUUGCUCGGGGCUCGGGGAGGGAAGAGAGCCGCGUUGAUGCCGCUCGCGUUCCCAUGGACGAGAGGUUCAGAACCCUGAAGAAGAAGCUGGACGAGGGGAUGGUGUUCACAGAGUACGAGCAAAUUCCCAAGAAAAAGGCCAACGGCGUUUUCAGCACCGCGGCUCUACCGGAAAACGCGGAGCGCAGCCGAAUCCGAGAGGUCGUCCCCUACGAGGAGAACCGCGUGGAACUAAUACCAACCAAAGAGAACAGCACAGGCUACAUCAACGCCUCCCACAUCAAGGUGGUGGUUGGUGGGGCAGAAUGGCACUACAUCGCCACUCAGGGGCCCCUGCCACACACAUGCCAUGACUUCUGGCAGAUGGUGUGGGAACAGGGAGCCAACGUGAUCGCCAUGGUCACCGCGGAGGAGGAAGGCGGACGAACCAAGAGCCACCGAUACUGGCCCAAGCUGGGUUCCAAGCAUAGCUCAGCCACCUAUGGCAAGUUCAAGGUCACCACAAAGUUCCGAACAGAUUCUGGUUGCUAUGCAACCACAGGCUUGAAGGUCAAGCACCUCUUGUCCGGGCAGGAGAGGACGGUGUGGCAUUUGCAAUACACUGACUGGCCAGAUCACGGCUGCCCAGAGGAUGUCCAAGGAUUUUUGUCCUACUUGGAGGAGAUCCAGUCGGUCCGUCGCCAUACCAACAGCAUGCUGGAAGGCACCAAGAACCGGCACCCCCCCAUCGUGGUGCACUGCAGUGCCGGGGUGGGAAGGACCGGCGUGGUCAUCCUUUCCGAACUGAUGAUCUACUGCCUGGAGCAUAAUGAAAAGGUGGACGUACCCAUGAUGCUGAGGCUCCUCAGGGAGCAAAGAAUGUUCAUGAUCCAGACCAUCGCUCAGUACAAGUUUGUCUACCAGGUCCUCAUCCAGUUCCUCCAGAACUCCAGACUCAUUUAACCGCCCCCUUCAGCUCCUGGAAGAGGGACCCAGCUCCGUCCUGCAGAUGGGGACAACACCUCCAGACAACAUCUGCUCCCCCAAGCCGGGUGCAGAUGGCCGGAGCAGGCAAGCCACUGGCUCCCUGAAGACGGGGGCCAGGAUCAUUCACCAACAUCAUGUAUUAUUUUAUAUGCGAUAAUUUAUUUCCCACCCACCCCCCUCUCUGGGAGUAACUUUUGUGAAUCAUGGUAAUGCAGUUUUCACAAGAAUAUAGUACUUCUCAUUUGAACCACAUCUUGACUGAUCUGCAGUGUAAUAGGUCAGUAGGCAGGAUGCCUGGUGGAUCCUGUCAGGGACAGAGGCCUGAGGGAACACAUCUCUAGGGAAGGGGCGGCCAGAUUGGUAGCCAACCCUGAAAUUCGUCAGCCUGAAUUGCUCACGUCCAAAUCAAAGAUGGCAAGAAAGUGAAUUUGUCCUCAGAUAGAAAGGUAGGGGCGAAGACCCUUUGCUAAAAGAUAAGACGCUCUUCUCUUAUAAAUGGGGCCUCCCAAGGCUUGAUGGACAGCUCCCUCCCUUCUUCCUCUGUGCCCUCUCCCUUAGGCGUCUCCUUUCUCCUCCCAAGCUUGAGUGGGGACAGGAGCAGCCAGGGGACAUACUCCCUGUGUGAUGCAGGGGCUGCCGUGACCCAGGCUCGAUGAGGCCUCCAUGCUGGCUCUUUGUCAAGCCCUCCUUAUUCUGGGCUCCGGAGCCUGUUUCCCUGCUGGGGGCUGCUCCCUUCGUGUGUGCCGCUUGUCCCUGUUCGCUCAGUGGACCCGAGUCUCGGGGCCUUUGGGGCCCUGGGCCAGGCCGUCUGUGCAGCUGGGCCUCUUGCCUGAUUGAGAGAAGACAGUGUAUCAGUGCGGGAGGGAAAAAGAGACGGGCAGGCCCUUGAUACUGUUGCGUAUUGAAACAGGACGUGUGUGUUGCUGAGGGUCUGAGGGCCGAGGUGCUGGGGGCUUUCUGUCCUUCCCUCCAUCGCUAAGGCAUGGCAGAGCUUCUAAAGCGACGCAGCUGGGAAAGCUGAGGCCCGGGUGCUCUUUGGCACUCAGGUAGCAGGAGCCACACCGACCCGACUCCUCUUGUGCGCCAGCAUCCCCAGUGUUGGGUCUGCGGGAGCAGAGCCAAGCCCACUCAGGACCCCGUGGUCCGAGUCUUGGCCCACUUGCUGAAAGAUGGUGGGAUUUAUCUCGCACAAAGGCUUCGCAGGUUUCCUUGUCUCCGCACAAGCCGCUCGGGUGAGUGGUGGUGUGGCUCCUGCCCUCCAGGGGAAGAAGUGCGGUUCUCGGUGUUGCUUUCUGCGCCCUCAUCCAUCACUGUCCUCCUGAAUUCUGUAGCUUAGUACACGAUACAUCACGUUCUGCAUGUUGCUCCAUCUCGCUGAACUUUGGGGCAUUUUUCUCCCCACUCCUGGUUUUUCUGGAUGCCACUUUGUGGCUUUGUUCUUAGACGUGGCCUUGGCGGCUGUUUCAUGAUGCCUUUCUCCACUGCUGCCUUUCUUUUUUUUUCUUUCUGAGCUGUCAAUGCAAAGAAAGAAUGGCAUCCAAGCAACCAAAAAGAGUGUGCCUUCGUGACUUGCACGCACCACAUACCGACAGGCGGGUGUGGAAGCAGAUUCCCCGGAACUACUUUGGAAGUUGAAUCUCUGUGGUUGCACACCUGGCCAGGUGUUAACGGUGGCUGUGGCCUGUAUUGGACUCAAAAGAAUCCAGCGAUGGGGAGGCCUCUUCCCGUCUACUCGAGGGUCUAAAGAAUCCAUCAAGGAGGAGAACUUCAACGGAGCUGCAGAGAUUCUGGAAUUUUGGUGUAUUAUCUGAGAAAGAAAACCAUGUGUAUGACAUGUAUUUUCAAUGGCUCAGAUCUCAUAACCCUCACUCUAAAGAUGCUCAGAACUCUGGACCACCAACAGGCAAAGAGAGCCUGGCCAAUCUGGUGAAAUGAAUGAUGCUCCGAGCUGCCCCUGGAAUAUUUACAGCUGCCUUGUGGUCCAUUCCCAGCUGUCUAGGGAGGGGCAGGAUGUGCUGUUCAACCUCUGUCUUGUGAUGCUUCCUGUCCUUUCUUCACAACCUCUUCCUCCAGGGAAACACAGAUGCCUCGUCCCCUGCUAAGGUGUCCAGGAGAAAACUGACAAGCAUGGCAUUGCGAUCUUUCUGUGCCUUAGGGUGGAACCAUUUCGCUAGCAUCUCAGGAAUCGUGCUUUGAGUGGAGCUCGGCUGGCUGGCAGGGCAGAGGUGCCUCGUGUUCUCGGCAUUACUCAGGGACCUCCCACCUCCCUGAACUGCCGUAUGAGCUAAUUAAUACCUUCAGCUUAGAACUGAAAGCUGUAAUUCAGAGGCUUUUUUUUUUUUUUUUUCAACGUGAACACUGUAAAACGUUACUGCAAUUUCCUUUGAACUUUCUCACCAGUUUGGAAUCUCAAAGCUCUAUUAACCGUAUCCUUUCGAAAAGUAAGGUUACUCUUCACUGGAGAUGAUUUCCUGUGUCUUUUUCUUUGUUCCUUCAGUAGUCAGCAAGCUUGCUUGAGGAUACUUAAAUGGCAAAGAAAGGUUUACACAUGCAGAUGACUGUUAAAUGUAUAAUCUUAUGUAACGAGUUACAUCAAGUAACAGCCUCAUCUAUUAUGUUUCACUGGACUCUUGUGCUACUUUAUUCAGUAUUGAUGCUUUCCUUGGUUCUGUGUUCCAGAAAAUGUCGUGACUUCUUGUCUCUUUCAAAGCAACUGACAUUUAAUAAGAGUUCAUUUCAGAUAUACAGACAGGUCCCCAGCAUAGAAACCAGUUUGUUCUUAAGGCUCUUGGGGUCAGCUCACAGAAACCUCCUGACAUCCAGCGCGGCUGAAUGGCGGGGCAGUGGCAGCCAGACCUGGCUGGCUCUCCUGGGCUGACCUGGAUGUUUAACCGCCUGCUAUGUUGUUUCUGUGAGAAAUGCAUUCCAGAUGGGGACCUGGGAUCCUGAGAACACAUUUCGUCUUCUCCCCAUGGUGGCCACUUGCUUUGAAAGAUGGAAGUCCCGUCUUUUUACUACAAACAGUUUUAAGGGGGCAGAGGAGGCAAGACAUUUAUAGGACAUUCCCUAAGUUGGGGAGUGAUUAAUAGUCAUGUCAGCUUUACUUAUGGUAUAGACUUCCUCUCCAUUUAAUAAUAUUAAAAGCCUUAAAUAAAACUAUGCAUGCUAUUCUAUGUGCUUUUUUAUAUCAGUAAAUAAGCUUAUGCUUGCCAGUUUUAUACACCAUUACGAGGUGUAGGAAACUGACUUUUGACAGUAUUUUUGCACUGUUUCCUAUCUGUCUGUUUUUAUAAAGUCUUUCGAUACCGGUCCUAGUUGUGUAUUGUUUAUGUUCUCACUGCCCUUGUCAUUGCUGUCAAAUGUUUCAUAUGUGCCUUUACAAAUGUGAGAUCUUUUAUUCUAACCUUUUUUGUAAAAGAUAUCUAUUGACUUCCAAAUGCAAUAAACUUUUUUUUUUUUCAGAGAAAA